AUGUCGUACCAACAACAACAACAACAGCCAAGUUUUCUCAGGACUGGGACUACAAACAGUAGUAAUAGUAGACCAUAUUCGAUGAACAAUCCAUUUAGAAUGGCAGCACAACAACAAGAAUUAGACAGUUCUAAUAGUAACCAAUAUGACUCAGAUAAGGACUACCAAAAUUGGAUUAGAAAAAACAAUAUAAAACAACAUAAUGUUAAUAAUUUAGAAUUGAAUACACAAAGAAAUAGAUCGACAAUAAGUUUUGAAAAUAAUAGUAAUAAUAUGAAUUCAUCGCAUUCACCAAUUGAUAAUGUUAGAACACCUAAUUCUGUAUUUUUUAAUAAUAGUAGUAAUAGUGGUGGUAGCAAUACACCAUCUCCUAGUGGUGGAUUAAGAAGAAAGUAUGUUAUUUUAUCUGUAUUUAUAUGGGAUGUAAUUGGAUUUGAAUUGGAAAUACCAAGAAAAUUAAUACUCAAUAUGAGCAAUAAUAAUAAUACUAUUUAUAACAGCAAUACAGUUAGAAGUUAUUCACCAACAGUAAGAACCCAAAAUAACAAUUAUAAUCCAUUUGUUGAUGAAAGAGAAACUGUUUCCACUAAACCACCCCAGUAUAUACCACCGGCUUCUUCUUCUUCCUCCUCCUCUGCUAGGUUAACCGCUAAAGAAGAAAAGGAUAGAUUAAGAGAGAGAUACUUAGAAGAAGAAGAAGAUACAAAAGAUCAACAACCUAUAAAUGAUAGAUACCGCACAAGGAAUAGAAUAAACCCUUAUAAUGUUAAACCGAAUUCAAGCCCCAAAGAUGAUUUGCCGCCUUCUUAUGAUGAAAUAGCUAAAAGUAGAAAGCCGUACCCAAGAAAUGAAAAGCAUUCUUCGUCCUCCAGGAGCCGUUCUCGUCCUAGUGCUAGUGAUACUGGUGGUGGUUCUAAAAGCCGUAAGUCAAAGAAAAAGGGACCAAUUGCCAAAAAUGUUGACACAAUUGAUAAGUUAGACGUUACAGCGCUAUUUGGUGGUGCAUUCCAUCAUGAUGGUCCGUUUGACGCAUGUACGCCUCAUCGUAAUAAAAAUACCACCACUGCUCCAGUUUUGGCCUUCCCUAAGGAUGGUCCAAAUUCAACUAUAAAAGGUGGCCCGUUGAGCUCCUAUAACACCAAAAUGAAUCAAAUGUUUGGUACUGAAAACCAUGAUGAUGAAGAUGAUGUGGUGUAUUCCACUGAUAAUAUGGCCAAGCGUGGUGGAAACGGCGAAAUCUUGAUUCCACCAAGAGCCAUGAUGAGCACUUCAAGCUCUGAUACCUUGGAUGCUAUUAAAAACAGAUCAGAUGUUGGGCAGUUUGACACCAAACAGAAAGUACAGUUAAUUCAUGGACCAACCUCUCAAGGGUUGGGGUCGACCACAUUUUUAGACGGUGCACCAGCUGCUCCGCUGGCUAUUAAAGAGGAUAUGAGACACAGAAGGCAUGAAACUUUAGGUAGAAAAAAAUCAUUAAGUCAAAGAUUAAAAGGCGCUGCCUCUGCAGCCUUAAUUAAUAGGAAUAGUGAUGAUGAUGAUGAUGAUUAUGAUUAUGAUGAUACCUAUGAAGCUGAUUUUCAUGGCACCAACAGGCGAACGGCACCUAAUACACAGAUGAAUACCAGAAUGAAUGGCAAUAUAAAUGGAAUCCCUACCGGUCAUGGAUAUAAUUCUGUGAGAGGUGGCAGUCCAUCACCGAUUAAGAAUAAUACUAAUACUUAUGUUUCCACCUUUCCAGAUGGCAGGAAUAAUGAAGAUGAGGAUGUUUAUAUGGGUGUCCGUUUUAAUGAUGGCAGUAGAGCUGCUAAAAAGGAUGGCAGUGGAAAUAAAUUUUUACAAAGAGUGAAAAGUCUCAAGGUCAGUAGAAAAUAA